CUAGGUGCUUAACGCCAGACAUCGUCGCUUACGGAGGUCUACUUACAAAGGCGGAGCCUACGGCGGUGUUUAGGCCACGACUUGUGCCAGAUCGGGCUGGACUUUAACGUUACUUGUGGAGCCAUAAAUCGUAGCGAGAAUGGUUGUAGCGCAACGAGUGCUCAUAACGGGUGGCAAUUCUGGCAUAGGCUUCGAGGCUGCCAGGCAGCUUCUGCAGCUGGGCCACCAUGUCGUGAUUGCAUGUCGCGACGCUGGAAAAGCGCAGAAGGCGGUGGAGGCCCUCGCACCGGUUGCAAAGGCUAGCGGUGUGUCCGUUGACUCCGCGCUCAUGGACCUCACGUCCUUCGCGAGCGUGAGGGAUGGCGCGGCAAAGCUGCUGGCACGCCACCCUCGGCUAGAUGUGAUGGUGUGCAAUGCCGGUGUGAUGUCAGGCACGCGCGGUUUCGCAGCGCCGCAACUAACAGCUGAUGGUUACGAGACGACCCUGCAGGUAAACCACCUCUCCCACUUCCUGCUGGUCCACCUGCUGCUCCCCGCCCUGCUGGCCUCACCCGCAGCCAGGGUGGUGGUGGUGUCCUCCGAGCUGCACCGCAAAGCACUCGCUGAAGCCCCCGCUGCCGCCGCUGGUGCCGGCAGCACCCCUGGUUCCACCGCUGCUCCUGCUGCUCCCAAAGGUCCCGACGUCGGACUAGCGACACCCGAAUGGCUUACACGCCUGCGCUCUCCGUCGGCAGCAACCGCAGCAGGAGCAGCAGCAGUGCCGGCAGCGGAGUCGAAGCGGCUGUCCGGAAUGCAGCUGUACUGCAUUUCCAAGUUGUACAACCUGUGGUUCGCUUUCCACCUGGCGUCGUUGCUGCCGUCGAAUGUGACCUGUAACGCGGUGUCGCCGGGAUGGGUGCCGGGUACGGCACUGGGGCGGGGAGCUCCCUGGUUGGUGAGGGUGCUGUAUCAGACCCUCUGCCCGCUCAUCCCCUUUGCGGUAUCCGUGCCCGAGGGCGCACGUCGCGUGGUGUCGGUGUGCGUGGGGGCGGAUGAGGGCGCUGUGCGCGGGCGCUACUUUGCCCGCGGCGCCCAGUCUGACAGCAGUUCGGAGAGCCUUGACACGGCGGCGGCUGCGGAGCUUUGGAAGCUCAGCAUGCAGGCGACUGGGGUGGAGGAGUACCUGCCGCCGCAGCAGCAACCACAGGGGCUGCAGCAACAGCAGGAGCAGAAGGAGCAGGAGCAGCAGCAAUAACAGUAUGUAGAGUCAAUUGUCUUGCCGCAGACUUGGCGCAGAUAGGGUGGCACCAGCAAGGACAACCGGAAAGCUGGAGAGGAGCAGAAGUAGUGGUGGGGGCAGCACCGGCAGUAGGAGUGGGAGCAGGAAGCAGCGGGGAGAGGUGGCGCCGGCAGCGCGAGCUGGCAGUAGAGCAUGUGGGUGUUUUUUUCGUGUGGAAGCUGUUGGGGGUGUAUGUGGGUCCGUUGACUGGCUUGGUGUCUGCGCUGGUGGUUAGCUUGUUUGCAUGCACGCGUGUUUGAUGGUACUGUAAAUGGCAGCGUAUGUUUGCAUGCUGGCAGGCAGGCAUGCUUGUGGCUCCGGGUGUAUCCUUACUGAUUAGUGUUUGGUAUGGUAUGGUCAGGAAGCCCAGCUAGGAAUGGUAGCAGUCUGGCAGUGUUUGGGACUGGUACGGUAUCUGCCUAGUCGAAGACACACCAUGAUGUUAAGGGUAAGGGUAUUGUACUGUUUGUUGUCCCAGGAGCUAGUUUGUUACAUAGACUUACGUGGGGAUGAAAUCUGUAAUCCACGGGG